CACUGCGGAUGUGCGGGGGGAAGCGGCCCCGCGCCCUCAGGAGCGGCCCCCGGGCCGGCCUCGACCGGUGACAGCACCCAGUGGCCGCGCGCGGUGGCAGCGCCGGGAGCGGCCCCUCACACCGCCGCGGUCCCGGCCCGCCCCGCGCCCGCCUCCCGGCGUGCCCCGCACUGGGCUAAAGGUCGCGGCGCGGAGGGGGCGGCAUUGGCUCGGCAGGGACGCAGCGCCCCGACCCCGGUUCUCACCCGCCGCCGCCAUGGCGAAGCAGCCGCAGCCCAUCAGCCCUUUGAAGAACUUCUUCGCUGGCGGUUUCGGGGGCGUCUGCCUGGUGUUCGUGGGGCACCCGCUGGACACCAUCAAGGUCAGACUGCAAACCCAGCCUAAGCCACAGCCUGGCCAGGCCCCUCUCUAUUCUGGGACCUUUGACUGCUUCAGAAAGACUCUUGUUGGAGAGGGCGUCCGAGGCUUAUAUAGAGGAAUGGCAGCUCCUAUCAUUGGAGUGACACCCAUGUUUGCUGUGUGCUUCUUUGGAUUUGGCUUGGGAAAAAGACUCCAGCAGAGAAAACCUGACGAUGUUUUGACAUAUCCUCAGCUGUUUGCUGCUGGCAUGUUGUCAGGAGUGUUCACAACAGUAAUCAUGGCUCCAGGAGAGAGAAUCAAGUGCCUUUUACAGAUCCAGGCAGCUACAGGUGAAACCAAGUACAGUGGCUCCCUGGACUGUGCCAAGCAGCUGUACCGCGAGGCCGGGAUCCGGGGCGUGUACAAGGGAACGGUGCUGACCCUCAUGAGAGACGUCCCAGCCAGUGGAAUGUACUUCAUGACGUACGAGUGGUUGAAGAACAUUCUGACCCCUGAGGGAAAGAGUGUGAGUGACCUCAGUGUGCCUAGGAUCCUCUUUGCUGGGGGCCUGGCUGGGAUCUUCAACUGGGCAGUUGCCAUUCCACCAGACGUGCUGAAAUCACGUUUCCAGACUGCUCCUGCAGGAAAAUACCCAAAUGGCUUUAGAGAUGUGCUGAGGGAACUCAUCAGAGAGGAAGGAGUUGCAUCUCUGUACAAGGGGUUCACAGCUGUGAUGAUCAGGGCCUUUCCUGCUAACGCGGCAUGUUUUCUUGGUUUUGAAGUUGCUAUGAAGUUUCUUAACUGGGUUGCACCUGGUCUAUGAAGACAAGGAAGCCUGGAAACUAGAGAGAAGGAAGAGUGCAAGUCUGCCUCAAAGGAAUAAAUGAAUUAUCACUUAAUAUUUCAGGAAUGAUUGUUUGCCUAAUACCUUUCUGCCUUUCUCACAUUCUUUAGGUGGUGCUAUAUGCCAGUCAGAAAUGCAAGCUGUAACUCUGACAGAGUUGGUGAGGAGUUAGGGGUGACAAAUCUUCUGAGCCAACCAUAGCAGUGACACUGCUAACACACAACUGUCACUAUCACGUGUGCUACCUUAAGUACUUCCUCAUGGAAGAAGGGGACACAUCUUAAAAUGUAAUUCUUUAUUUACUGAAGAAACAUGUAGCUAUUAACGCUGAAAAACUUCCAUAAAAUAUUUUUUUGGCAGCAUGUACUUAACUCUCAGGGCAUAAGUCAGCAGCUGCACAUGGUUGUGUCUGCAAGAAAUGUCAGACAAUGUUCUCAUCCUGUAGUUUUUCAGUUGUGGCUGUUUCUGUGUUAACACUGGUUUUAAUCCUGUGCAUGUACAGCAGAAAACACAACUCAGCAGGGGUGGCCAGAGCUAUGUCUCAGUGUGUUGAGGAGUGUUGCAGGUACCAUAUCAGGUCCUGCACACUCAUCUUUUCUGUGGAACUAGGACACAAAAUGCAUUAUGUUUAACAUUUGUGCUAAGCUUUACUGAGGGAGCCAGUGGGGAAAUGUGUUUGAUUAACCUGAACUUUUCUCUCAAAUCCUUUCUGUCCCACUGAAAAGAGCCCAAAUGUGAUUUCAAAAGUACAGCACAGCUCGUAGCAAUCUGUGAUAUAUUUGAUUCAUCAAAUAUUAUGUCCUGGGAUUCAAUCCCUGACACUGAUGUGAGAAAAUUUAACAGCACUUCCAAGAACUGAAUUUCUCUGACGUGAGGGGGACACCUAAAGAGGACACUGGCUCCGCAGUCUUGUCUAAUUUUAUUCUUUCUCCUGUUCCUUGGUUUUCUCUUACUAUUAUUGAACAUAAUCGCAUUUUCAUUUGAGAAGUGACUAAUACUGAGAAGCAAAAAGCAGAUUUUGUUUGUGAUGCAGUGUUACUGGAACAAUAAAAUGAGGUGCUGCUUGGCUAGAAUCUGUGCCUUGGUUCAUUUACUUUUUGCAUGAUCAUGCAUGCUUAGUUUUGCAAAAGUUUUCCAAUUCUUAAUUCUGAGAUUGAUUUGGAAAUAAACUGUGCUGUGGUGUCUUUGCUAA